CUAGCUUUUUACGAAUUUGGGGUAAAAAAAUCGAAUUUUCGAUAAGACAAAUUAGUGUUAAAAAGUGUUUUUUUUUGAUAAAAAAAAAUAUAAUGAGUCAAGACCACGAACUUUCGACCAAUUUCAACGAUCUAGGGAGAUUGGGAUGUUUUUUCGGAUCCCCAUUCGGCACAUGUUACCCCCAUCAUACGGAAAAUUAUAAAACAACGCCACCUAACGCCUCAUUCCCGACGGAUUGGAGGAACUCCUGGCAUCAAGAUGGAAGUAAUUGCGGUACAGACGAUAGUGAAUCAUAUAAUAAUGAUUCAGAAUUCCACACAAACACGGAAAACGGUUUAAAAUCGGAAUUAAAUACAACUGAGAUUCAUGGAAAAUCUCCUAAUUACGGUCCUGUUUCGUAUACACAUUUCGAUGGCGUCUAUACGAAUGGUUACCAUAAUACCGGCUGUAUUUAUUCUAAUAAUUUAUGCAAUAAAAUAUCCCAUACUAAAAUUAAUACUUCAGGUGAAAAUAAUAACCUAAAUCAAAAUGAUUUAAUCAUCAAACAAGAACCCACAGACAGAGAAUAUAAAGAUUAUUCUGAAAAACCUUUAGAAAAACUAAAAAAUACAACUCAAACUAAAAGUAGUAACGUAUCUAAUUCGAACGGGAGAAAAGGUUCUUUACAAUUAUGGCAAUUUUUGGUUGCAUUAUUAGAUGCCCCGGACGCCAGCGCGGGUUGCAUCGCUUGGACAGGAAAAGGAAUGGAAUUUAAACUAAUAGAGCCCGAAGAAGUAGCACGACGUUGGGGUGCUCAAAAAAACCGCCCCGCCAUGAAUUACGAUAAACUCAGCCGAUCUUUGAGAUACUACUACGAAAAAGGAAUCAUGCAAAAAGUAGCAGGCGAAAGGUACGUCUAUAAAUUUGUUUGCGACCCGGAAGCUCUCUUCAACAUGGCGUACGGAGGACACUCAGAAAACACCAUAAAAUACCAAUCGAGCGUAAAAACUGAAAACGGUAACAUAAAAACCGAAACGCAACAUCAUCUCGCUUAUACUGAAAUGAUUAAUUUCUACAAUUGCGGUAUAGCACAUUCUUAUCAACAUUUACAUCCGUAUUUACAAGAAAAUAAACUUUUUAAUUAAAUUGAUUUCAGUGUAAAAUACCCUUUACAUUACCGUUAAUAAAUAUAUAUAUAAAAAAAGAAGAAAAUCUCACUUUCUGUAUAGGACGUUUAAUGUAUUAACACAGAAUUACUAUUAAUAGUAUUAACUCUAUGGUUUGAUGUAGAAUUACUUUAUAAAAUAUGAAUAAAAAAGAAGAAAAUUUAAACUUCAAUUUGAGGUUAUAAUACAAAUAUUUAUAAAAAUUUGUUAUAAAAUGGUUGAUAAGAAACGUUGGCUAAAUAAAAUACACGAAGAACCUAAAAGUAGCCAGGAAUAUAUAUCCUGGAGUAGUUCUGAUAGUGACAACGAGGAAUUAUUUAUAUCGGAUAUAAACGAAGAAGACAAAGUUUCAUUCAGCAGUCCCGAUAAGUCUCCUAUAAUUAACAGAGUAAACGUCGAGGAAUCGUCUCCUAUUAUAGGUAGUAAACGUAAAAUAGAAGAAAUAAGAUCGAAAUUUAAAAAAUCGAAGGAAUGUCCAUCAUUAACCCAAAUAAUAGACAGUGAAUCGCCCGAAUUUAAAACAACAGAUUCCGGUAGCACGACUACGAAAAACGACAGUGGUUCGAGUGGUAGUUUAUAUUAUCAACCCUGUAUUAAAAAGAAA